CACGCCGUGGGCUCGGUUCGCCUCCACGCCCCCCUCAUUUCCUCCUCGCUCCUCCCCCACCAUUCCCACAUCUCUCCCUCGCCUUCCUCCUCUCUCUCUCUCCACAUCUCCCUCUCGCUUCCACGCCUCCUCCGCUUUGGCGGCUUCUUCUCUAGGGUUCGUCUCGACUCGACUCGUCGAAGGGAAGCUGCUCCCAUGACCGCGGCCGACGCUGAGGCGUGCGCGGUGGCCGCGGCGGCGGACAUCAUCUGCUCGCUCCGCGGGGCCGACCUCGCCGGGUGGACGCCGCCGUGGGGGACGGCUGCCGCGAAGGGGAAGGAGGUGGUGGUGGAGGAGGAGGAGGAGGAGCUGGCGUGGCCGACGGUGGCACGGGGGAAGCGGUCGCGGUCGUCGCGGCGCCGCUCGCCGUCGGGGUCGGGGUCGGCGGCGACCAAGGGGAGGUGGGCCAGGGGUAGCCCGGCGUCUCCCCUCGACUACAGCGGCGGCUCCGGCUCCGGCUCCGGCUCCGCCGCGUCGACGAGCGGCGGCGAGGACGGGGCCUUCUGCUCUCCACCGCCACCACCGCCGCCGGUGGUGACGGCGGCGGCGGCGACUACGCCCACGGCCGCGCCCACCCCUUCUCCGGCCAAGGUGGGCCCUGCCGGACGGCGCCAGCUGAUCCUACCGACCCCGCCUCCCCGGCCCGCCGGACAGCGACCACGGAAGAAGAUGAGGCUGCCGGAGAUUCAGCAGCUGGUGCGGUCGCUGACGGUGGAGAACGAUGGCCUUCGCGAGGAGAUGGUGGCGUUGCAGAGAGCUUGCACGGCGUUGUCCAAGGAAAACUGCAAGCUAGAGACAAGGUUAGAGAAAUCAAGCAAACGAAACGGAACGAAAUCCGAGGGGCAGCAAGCAAGGCCGCAGCCUGAUGAGCCCGCAGCCAAGCAGGAAUCUCAAAACGGCUUCGUGCUGCCUGACCUCAACCUCCCAGUGGAGGACAUGGCUGCUGAUGGAUCAGCUCCUUGAUGCAUGAACGGCUCCAGAUUAUUACCGCGGCGUCGCUAACCAGACAAAAGAAUUUUAAUUGUAUAUAGAGGAAGCUGGGCUACAAGGGGCUCUGAUCGCUCGCUCACUCAAGAUGAAGCUAAAGGAGAUAAUUAAGGACCAUACCUUAUGCUUGUUUGAUAAGUUGUUCAGAUUUACUAGAGUUUAGCACCAGUGUCAUAUGAUCCUCCAAUCUUACUAAUGCCAUUUUAGGAGCAGAAAGGAGGAUCGGUUUACCUUGCUUUGUCUGAUAGAGUUAUAGUAGUUUUUAUUUACCCUGGCCUUGUGUGUCGAUGAGGCAGAGGGAAGAUUUUACUUUAGUAGUACAAGCUCCGGACAGUGUAGCUUGGUUGUUCAUCUAAGCACUGUAAGUUAGGGAAGAACUAUCUCAAUGUUCUUUUGUUUAUUCUGUUCAAUGUUGGUGUGAAUCUUUGGCUGUUUGUAGA